AGGAGGGAUAAGCAGCUUAAUGUGCAGGCAGCUCUAUCACUGGGUGACAGUGGGACUCCGGUGAAAGGGUGGAAAUACACAGAACUGAGGAAUAAUUGAGUUUGAGGAGGAUGGAAAAGAUCAGAUCCGUGCUGUCAAGUACACCCCAGCAGAAGGAAAAACGCGCCUUCUACAGUUCCCACCUGAGCACUGGGGGCAAAGGCAGGAACGAGGUGGAAAUGAAGCUGACUGAAGAUGAGGCUCCAGAGACUUUAAUCAUGACCGAUGAGGUGGAUCUCAUAGUUCAGAAGCCGCAGAACAAGAAGAAAGCCCUGAUGUUCCUGGUGAUAACCAUGGUUCUACUCCUGGUUAUUGCCUUUCUCCUUGGAUACAUCACUUUUCGCAACACCUGUAGAACCUGCCCAGCGGACACUGUGGAGUGCAUGGCCGUGGUCAAUGAUUUUGAUGAUAGUUGGCAGGACACAGAAGAGAUCCCACAGUCCAUUCUACACUGGACUGAUCUCAAGACCAUGUUGAACAAGUAUAUCGACAAGGCCAAGAUCAUCGAAAAUAUCAGGAUGAUAAGUGAGAGACCUCACCCAGCAGGCUCGACAGAGCUACACCAACUGAAUGAAGUCAUCCUCAACCAGUUUCACUCCUGUAGCCUCAAUCAUGUGUGGACUGACUCACACUACGUCACACUGCCCUUCCCAGACAGCUCAUCCCCCAACUAUCUCUGGCUGAUGGACCCGGAUGGAGGGAUCCAGGAGAAGUUCGGGCCGUUGGACCAGGAUGUGUUCCUCGCGUACAGUCCGACAGGGAACGUCACGGGAGGCCUUGUGUACGGCAACUAUGGACGACAGGAGGACUUCAGGAAAUUGAAUCAAUUAGGCAUCAAAGUUCAAGAUAACAUCGUUCUCAUACGGAUUGGGAAAAUAAGCUUUGCUGAGAAGGUGGCUGCUGCCCAGGAGCACGGGGCGAUUGGAGUCCUGCUCUACCCUGACCCCGCCGACAUCCCGCAGAUGCCCAGGGGCUCCGGGCCCCCUGGGACCACCGCCAUUUCCGGACACGUCCAUCUUGGCACUGGUGAUCCAUUCACUCCUGGUUUCCCUUCGUUCAACCACACACAGUUCCCUCCAGUGGAGUCAUCUGCUCUCCCUAACAUUCCAGCGCUAACCAUCAGUGCCAACAUUGCUUUCAAUCUCAUUAGUAAGAUGGAAGGACCCCUUGCCCCCCCUGCCUGGAAGGGGGGCUUCCCUUAUUUCAUCAAGUACGUGCUGGGCCCCAAGUUCUCCAAGCCUGGCGUUCAGCUGCAGAUGAAUGUCGCCAGCCGAAUGGUCUCCACCAUGAUUUAUAACAUCUUCGGAUCCAUUGAAGGCUUCCUGGAACCCGAUCGCUACAUUAUCUUGGGGGCUCAGCGAGAUGCCUGGGGUCCUGGUGCAGCAAAGUCUGGAGUGGGCACUGCCAUUCUCCUGGAGUUAGCCCACGCCUUGUCGGAAAUGGUCGUUAAUGGGUUCAGACCACGACGGAGUCUCCUGUUUGCGAGCUGGGACGCUGGCGAGUAUGGGAGUAUUGGCGCAACUGAAUGGCUGGAGGGCUAUUUGACCAUGAUGCAUCUGAAGGCAGUAGCUUACUUCAGCUUGGAUCGAGCAGUCUUGGGUGACGACACACCAGUUGCCCAGUCCAGUCCUCUGCUCCACCAGCUGAUAGAGAAAGUGAUGAAGCAGGUUGAAAGCCCAAACCAAGGUGCUCAGAACCUCUACAAACAGAUCACAGCCCGGUUUCCCAACUUCAAAGAGGAAAUUAUACAGCCCCUCACCAUGGAGAGUAGUGCCUACCCCUUCACUGCCUUCGCUGGUGUACCUGCCAUGGAGCUCAACUUCAGAGAGGCUGACCAAGUCUAUCCAUUCCUCAACACCAAGCUGGACACCUUCAACACACUGAACAGGAAGCUAAACAGCAGGCUGGGUGACUUCAGUGAGGCACUGGCACAAGUCGUUGGCCAAAUGGCGAUCAAACUUUCCCAUAACGAGCUGCUGCCCCUGAACUAUCGUUCAUACAGUGAAGUGAUUCUCAAGUAUCUUAUGCAGCUCCACACGUUAUCAGAGGAAUUGGAGAGCCGGGGACUCACCCUCCAGUGGCUGUUUUCAGCCCGUGGAGACUUUGUCCGAGCAGCACAGCGACUGACCAACCUGAUCCAGUCCUCGGACGAGAAGGACGAGCGCCUCACGCGUAUCUACAACAACAAGAUAAUGAGGGUGGAAUUCUAUUUCCUCUCCCAGUACGUGUCGGCCACCGACACGCCGUUCCGCCACAUCCUGCACGGCCGGGGAAACCACACACUGGAGGCGCUGACCCGGCACUUCCACCUGCUCCAGUCUGAGCCCAGUCGCUUCGACGAGCAGUUGUUCCGCCGGCAGCUGGCGCUCGUCACCUGGACGCUGCAGGGAGCCGCCAACGCCCUGAGCGGCGACGUCUGGAGCCUCACCAACAACAACUUCUGAAGGCCUCCUGUCACCAAGCUCCACCCCACCCACAGGGAGGGAGACAGCCGUGGCCCCCAAAACCCACCCCCCCCCCCGUCCUCCCGAAUCACCUCCCAUCCCCACCCUCCCCUUGCCCCCCCACUACAAGACCCCUCCCACAGCCCCUACAAGAUCCUCCCUCUUGCCCCUCCAGCUACAAGAUCCUACCUCUUACCCUUCCACUCCUCCCUCUUGCCCCUCCUUUUCUACAAUACCACUCCCCCAACACCCUCAUUCUUGCCUCCACAUCUCCUGCACCACCCUCAUUUUCUUGCCCCUCAUCCCCUCCCUUAACUCACCCUCCCUCUCUGCUUUCCCCCCCACAUUCCCCUCCCCCCCCCACCUCCCAAUCCCAUUUCUCUCCAGAAGUCUCCCUCACCUUUCCCAUCCGCAUUCCCCUCCCCUCCCACCAUUGUCCAUCCUCCGUCCCGUGACCCUGGGAGAACGUGGUGUGAUGGUGGUUCCAACCAGAACCACCCAUUGGGCCAACUAGGAACUCCUUCACCUGCUUCUCUUUGGGGUCUGUUCAUCUGUUCCCCCCUCCCACUUCAUACCAGGCAGCCACUGGCCAUUGCUUCAGGAAAACACACACACACCUGAAUAUUAUGCAUAUUUCCAUAUGAUGGAGAGAAAGGCCAUUCAGCCCAUUGAGUCAUGUCAGCUGACAAAGCAAUCCCAUUCCCCACUCAUUAUCUCCAUUCUUCCCACAUUCCCAUCAACUCCCUCCCAGAUUCUACCCCUCACCCACACACACUAGAGGGGCAAUUUACAGCGGCCAAUUAACUCACUGACCCUGUGUGUCAUUGGGAUGUGGGAGGAAACCGGAGCACCCGGGGGAAACCCACACGGUCACAGGGAGAACGUGCAAACUCCACACACACACACACACACACACACACACACACACACACACACACAGAGCACCAGAGGUCAGGAUCGAACCCAGGUCUCUGGAGCUGUGGGGCAGCGGCACUACCCACUGGGCCACUCAGGUGCAAUUUCUAAAAAUAAAUCUACUCAACGAUAAAAUUAAACUCCAACCCAUUUUCACUGUGGUUGGAAAAUUAAAUAAAUCUCAAAGGUACCAUUGAUUCAGGCAAAGAUGAAACAGAAGAUAUUGAUCAAAAAUAGGAUACGAGGCAAUACUAGGCAAAGCACUUGGUUAAAGUACAGGACAGGGCCAACCUCUGCUUAAUGUUCCACCAGAAAAUGGCACCAAACUCAAUGCACACACACACAGCCUCAGCCAAGCUCUCUGUCCCCACACCACUACCCAAUCCUGUCCAGUGCCCAAUUAGUUCUGCAAUUAAUGUAUUUGCUCUGAAUUCUUGUCAUCCAUCUUCACAGCACGGCUGUUGAAUGGGGGCAAAAAUAUCAAAAAACUGCAGAUGCUGGAAAUCCAAAACAUAAGCAGAAAAUCCUGGAAACACUCAGCAGGUCAGGCAGCGUCUGGAGAGGGAAGCAAGAGUUGACAUCUGAUGAAGUGUUUCCAGCACUUGAGUCUGUGGAAAAGCACUCAUUGUGGGUUCAAAUCCCACCACUGUCGGGGUGAAUCAUGAAGUUUGCAAUGGGUGUAGGUGCAAUGUGCACACUGGUUGGCUGGUUUAUGCAUAACAGUUAUCCAAUCAAACCCUUCCAUAACUUUAAAGUCCCCUAGCCAAACUCCCUCUCACUUGUCCCAGAGUCAAGACCCCCAGCAUGUCCAAUGAAUAAAUGCAAGCUUGUCAAACAGUUCCCACAAAGCACAUGGGUGACAUCAUUAAGUGACAAUGUUUGCUUUUGUAGACAUGUUCAUUGCUUUUGUCUAUACGCUGGUUGUUAGUAAUUUAUCAGGGACAGUGUUCACUAUAAAUUAUUUUUAAGUAUUAA